AUGAUCGACGUCAUCGACCACGACAGCUUCGCCUAUGACAUGCAGGCAGGGGGCGCCAUGAGGGGGGCCUUCGACUGGGAGAUGUACUACAAACGCAUCCCCAUCCCGCCAGAGCUGCAGCACGACGACCCCAGCGAGCCCUUCGAGUCCCCUGUUAUGGCCGGGGGCCUCUUUGCUGUGGACCGGAGCUGGUUCUGGGAGCUGGGAGGAUACGACACGGGUCUGGAGAUCUGGGGAGGAGAGCAGUACGAGAUCUCCUUCAAGGUCUGGAUGUGUGGCGGUCGCAUGGAGGACGUUCCCUGCUCCAGAGUCGGACACAUCUACAGGAAGUACGUUCCAUAUAAGGUCCCAGGAGGAAUCAGCCUGGCCAAGUCUCUUCACCGCUCGCUGUCUCACCUGAUCAAGCCUCUGUCUCACCUGAGGAAGCCUCUGUCUCACCUGAGGAAGCCUCUGUCUCACCUGAGGAAGCCUCUGUCUCACCUGAUCAAGCCUCUGUCUCACCUGAUCAAGCCUCUUUCUCACCUGAGGAAGCCUCUGUCUCACCUGGAGAAGCCUCUGUCUCACCUGAGGAAGCCUCUGUCUCACCUGAGGAAGCCUCUGUCUCACCUGAUCAAGCCUCUGACUCAUCUGAGGAAGCCUCUGUCUCACCUGGAGAAACCCGGCUCCGCUGUGAGGAUCCUCUUCUUCGACUUCUCCAGUGCCUUCAACACCAUCCAGCCACGGCUUCCCAGGGACAAGCUGGAGACAGUUGGAGUGGACUACAACCUGUCUGAGUGGAUCCUGGACUACCUCACAGACAGACCCCAGUUUAACCUGAAGCGUGUGGCCGAGGUCUGGAUGGAUGAAUACGCAGAGUACAUUUACCAGCGGCGGCCGGAGUACAGACACCUCUCAGCCGGAGACAUGACGGGGCAGAAGGAGCUCCGAGCCAAACUCAACUGUAAAAACUUCAGAUGGUUCAUGAAGGAGGUGGCCUGGGACCUGCCCAAGCACUACCCCCCAGUGGAGCCCCCUGCAGCCGCCUGGGGAGAGAUCCGCAACGUGGACAGUGGGUUGUGUAUGCAGAUCAAGCACUUUGUCUCCGGGAGUCCCAUCCGCCUCGAUGCCUGUGUGAAGAGCAGAGCAGAGGGGAGCUGGAGCCAUGGGCAGGUGCUGACUCUGGGCUGGAGGGAGGACAUCCGUGUAGGAGACCCUCUUCACACCAGAAAAGUCUGUUUCGACGCCGUGUCCCACAACAGCCCAGUGACGCUGUACGACUGCCACGGCAUGAAGGGCAACCAGCUCUGGAGAUACAGAAAGGACCUGAGCCUGUUCCAUCCGGUCAGCAGCAGCUGCAUCGACAGCAGUCCCACAGAGAGGAGAGUCUUCAUGAACACCUGUGACCCCCAGUCCCAGAGCCAGCACUGGGUCUUUGAGCGGACUAACGCCACAGUCCUGGACCACUUCAACAGAGACGACCCCCACUGA